AUGGCGGCGUGUCGGUUUCGGAGGAGCAUCGCUGCUCAGGUACAACUCACCCUUCAUUCUGCAGCCAGGGUGUCGGCUUUCGCCCUGCCCCGGCUUCUCGCCUUGGUUCCUGGUUCCUCCUUGCUACAGUGCUCCUGGAAAGGUUGCUGGGAUGGAAGAAUGCAGCGGUUGCAUAAGAGUCACUGCAGAGAGCAGUUAGCUAUAAGGAUAGCAGCUCGCUAACCCCCCCCCCCACACACACACUGGUGAAAGAUGGACAAGUUGGGGGGCCGGACACUGUUGGUCUCAGAAGUCGUGUGCCUUGACUUUGCCCUAACUAAUAUGGAUCAUUUGUUUUCAAUCUAGCUUUCACAUAUCCUGGAGACGCCGCCAGAAAACUUGGUUAAGUCAAUAUAUGCUGUUCCAGUGUCAAGAAAAGGGUAGAGUUAUUUCUAAUUUAUAUUCUAAUUAUUUUAAUUUCUUCAAAUCUCUUUGCCAUGGUAAGACAAGAUGAUGACUAAAAGUCAGGAUGCUGCUAAUAUUUCAGUUAGCCAUUGUUUAUAAUUUAGGAAUUUUUUUAAUAGAAUUGUUAUAAUUCUUUUAGUAUUUAAAAGAAAUCCAGUACAAAUAAACAUUGGCUAUUUUGAUAUGAAGGAUGAUAAGAGGAAUGACGAAGACGUGUUUGACUCUGUAUGGUCUCAUUUUAUCAUUUAUUUAACACUAGCACAGUAUUCUCCCUUUCAUCACAGUUGCAGCAGCCACUAUGGAGAAAUUAUCUUAACGCUUUAGAUUAAUGUAUACGUUGUAGAUGUGUGCUAAAUCUGUAAUGUAAAAGGUUUUCCAAGUUUGCUUGGAUAACAUGUGGAUGGUGGCAUACAAUGCCUAACAUCUGUACAUGUAUUUGUCUUGGAAGAUCACUCCCUGUGUUUGGUAAUUGUAUUUAAAUUAUUCAGUAAAGUGUGCAAAUAAAUAAAGGUCUUUAUGCCAGAAUGCAGUAAUAAAAUAAAAGCUUCCCCCCUUAAUUUCUUGCUUCUUUUUAUUCAUCCCCUAGGCAGGCGUGUGAUUUCCAACUCUUUGUGAGUUCUGUGCUGGAUGCUAGCUCCAGCAAUUACUCAAAGUCAGAUAUUCAGCUUGAAGCCCAGAAGCUGGCAAAGAAGGUAUGUGGAGAUCUACUUACUGUAAUGUGUUUAUUCAAUUAAAAACAGGGCAGCAUAGCCCCAGGGUGGGAAGCUUGUGAUCCUUCAAAUGUUGCUACAUAACAUCCAUCAUUCCUCACCAUACAGACUGGGGCUGAUGGGAGGUGGAGUCCAACCAUCUGGUGGGCCAAAGGUUUUCUUUAAAAAAAAAUAGCAAUUUGUAUUAAUUUCCCCACAAAAGGCUAUACAAAAUCCUGUACAAUAUAGUAUUAUCAAAACAGGAUCUAAUGACAAUGUAAGUACAUUGGUACCUUGGGUUACAUACGCUUCAGGUUACAGACUCCGCUAACCCAGAAAUAGUGCUUCAAGUUAAGAACUUUGCUUCAGGAUAAGAACAGAAAUCGUGCUCCGGUGGCGCAGCAGGAGGCCCCAUUAGCUAAAGUGGUGCUUCAGGUUAAGAACAGUUUCAGGUUAAGAACGGACCUCCAGAAUGAAUUAAGUACUUAACCCGAGGUACCACUGUAGUCCAUAUACAGCUAUAGAUCACGGUUGAACAAAAGCAGACAUAAAACAAAAAUAAAAUAAACCAUAGGUAUGUGAAUGCAUGGAACAUUCAGACUGGGACUAUUUAUAUAGCGUAGACAUAAUGGUUAAACAGGGCCAGAGGUUGUCCAUCCCUGAUAUAGCCUAAAGCAGUGGUUUUCAACCAGUGUGCCAUGGCACCCUGGGGUGCCUUGAAUGAUGGUCAGAAGUGCUGCAGGCAACACUGGCAUUCAUCCUUCUUUCCUCCCCUGCCCUCCUCUGAUGCCCUCUCACUUCUCUACCUCCCAAAGGCAUGCACGGCUGUUUGUUGCAGCAGCUCUGGCUAUAAGCUUCCCAGGCAAAUGGCGCCUCUGGGGCUGGUCAGGGGGUGCUGGUUGCCAGAAGCUGAGGUGGCCUUGGAGUAAGCGGGCGAGGGAGUCCAGUCAUCCAGUCCUUUCUGUUGGGAAUGGAGUCUGGACAGACAAGUCCCAGGUGGCUGUGGGGUAGUGUGAGGAGGCACCUCUUUGGGGCAGGGGUGGUAGCAGCAGUGGCUGCCUGGAGGACUCCCAAGGAGAGGAGAGGAGGCUGAGAGAACACAAGGGAGGGUGUUCGAAAUAGGGUGAGAGGCUGCCAGCUCUGCAGGCAAGGGGUGACAUAACAGGGCUCCUGAGCCCCACUGGGGUGCAGCAGAAAGAUAUAGUUGGUCAAGGGAGCCAUGGACUCAAAAAGGUUGGAAACCUCUGGCCUAAAGGCUGAUUCCUGUGUUCUCUUUUCCUCCUUGUGCUUCUACUGCACAUAGGGGGAGUGAGCAGGAAAAUGGUUGCUUGCCUUCACCUUUGUAGGUUGCAAAUGAUCAGGUGUUGGAUACUGCAACCCCACAACUCAUGCACCUCAGAUUAUGUCUGCCUGUUCCAUGUUAACAUCAGUGACUGUCUUCUGGACAGCACUCUACAAAGGUUUUACGAUCACCAAUUUUUAUAUAAAAUUGUAAUCUGGAAAGCAGUCACUUUACUAAUGCUCUACUCCUGAACAUUCUUGUACUGUGUGUGUUAACUGUGGGGCCCUAAGCUGUUAACUGUGUGUGUGUGUCUGUGUCUGUUACAUGUUUAAAUGUACUGUAUAGUUUAAACAACUUAUACAAAUUCUAUGUCGGGUUGGAAGUCUAAACUUUUAAUUGUAAGGCUCAUUAGCAAGUGACAUGUAAUGGGUGCUAAAAAGCACCAUCUGCUGGUAGUGUUCGCAUUGUUAAUUGUGUAAAGGACAUGCCAUUCUCAUCAUUCAGCAGCAGUGAAAGACAACAUAAAGUAGUUCUGAAAUCUCUCAAAAUAUAAUUAAGAUCUACCUGUAUGGGAUAAUACUGAUAACAAAACAGCGUCAACUGUGCCACUCAUUGAUUGUGUAAUCCACUGUUGUCAAUGUGUUUUCAUUUUAGUUAAAAUGUGAUCCAGUGGUGAGUGAAAUCAGCGCAGGUGAAGGAACAGUAAACUUCACAAUAAAUCGAGAAUUAUUAGCAAAGGUAAGACCCAAUAUAUAUAAGCAGUGAAAAUGCUAUUGGAUAUAAAUGGGGGGAAAUCUAAAUCAAGGCUUAUGGUUUCAGUGUGGAUACUACUCUAGAACAUUUAGAUUGUAAACAUAUACAUGUAUUCUUGGAAGUAAGUCCCAUUAUGAGAGCCAGUGUGGUGUAGCAGUUAGUGUUGAUCUAAGACCUGGGAGACCAGAAUUCUAAUCCCCACUCAGCCAUGAAGCUCACUAGGUAAUUUUGGGUCAAUCACUGUACCUUCAGCCUAGCCUAGCCUACUUCACAAGGUUGUUGUGAGGAUAAAAUGAGAAGGAGGAGAACUAUGUAUACCGCCUUGAGGAAAGUUGGGAUAUAAAUGUAAUUUAUUAUUAUUAUUUUCAAUGGGGCUUACUACCUAGCAUGUUGAUGGUUACAGUCUUUAUUUACAUAAAUGUUUGUUCCAAGGUAGGUAACAAAAUAAAAACAACUGAAAUACAAUAAAAUCGGAGGGGGGGGGAGUGAAGCAUACAACUUAAAACCACAACAGUCCAUUUGGUUUUCAUUUUAUUAAGCUAAAAGCUGGGGAAACAGAAAUUUAGUUAAUGUUGAUUUGAACGAGGUGUUUAAUGCUGAAGCACUGAAAUAUGCUGCAAAACAAACUGCCUUUCCCAGUUCACCAAGGGAGGAUACAGGAAACUGAACCGGAAGGCAGAAUCCGAGGUAAGCUCUGGCUGCUGCCAAUCUUCCAAGCCCACCACAGAUAUUUGAUAACAUUGUGUGGUGUCACAGAUGCUUGGAGAUUCAAAGCUGCUGGAGCUCUGGCCUCUUAAAAUGAGCAGGCUUGAUUUCAAAGCAGAGCGUGAGCAUAGAUAGGGGUGUGGUAGAAUUCUGAGAAUCAGCAGUUCUCUGGGUAGCAGAUCACACACUUGGUGAAACACUUCUCAAGUGAGAACCAACCGCUCCUUUUAUCGUGCAAUCCUGUAUGUGUCUGCUUGAAAGGAAGGCCCAUCGAGUUCCAAGGUAAGCGUGUGAUCUUAACUUGGCUACUUCCCAGCAGAGCUUUACAGAACAGCAGGGUCUCAGCCACACGCACAGCCCUGUUGAGACUGCUGGCCAGGGGCAGGACGACACUUUCCCAGCCUGGGGUUGGUCCAGCAAUUGGGCCUGGAUCCCAUUUUCAGACAAGUAUUGUCUUCCAAAGCACCUCACAUCAAUCCUACUAAAUUGAUGCAAACCUCGGGCUUACAAGCCAAGAAGACAGGAUACAUGAGGGGAGACAAAUGGCAGGAAAAGGAGAGUUUGACAAUACUAGUGUCAAGUGGUGAGUUGAAGUUCUGAAGUUAGCUGCUGUUGAGGUUAGACCUGUGAGUGGGAGAUGUGUGCUUGAUGGUUUAUAGUUUUAACAUGCUUGGGACUUCCGGGUUAGCGCCAUCGCCGAAUGGCGGACUCCCUCCGAGCUCCGGAGGGAGUCUGCUCGGCAGGGGCUGGGUCCUACCGCGCCGGCGACGCGGGGACCCUUAAAAUCCACGGGCACGGAGUCCGUGGACAUGGGUGACUCGGCUUGCACCAUUAGCGCCCUCCCGACUUGUGAAGGAGCCUUUUUAAAGGCUUCGGAUCGGGUGCCGGGGAGUGGCGUGGUGCUUUGAGUCCACUGCUUUCCCUGCCGAGCGCAGCCGCAUGCCAUUCGACGGAGAGCGCUGACUUCUUCUAUUGAAAAUUUGGACUAUUAACAACAACCCGUGAGUAAAUUGGGAAACCGGGUUCAAAAUUUUGGAUUUGGCAUGAGCGGGGGCGAUUUAAAAAGGAAGUCAAUCCCCCCCCCUAUUGUAAGCAUUCCAAAACAAGGACUGGGUAACCAAGGUCCAAAGGGAAGUAUGUUUCUGAUAAAAAUCAUUAAUUUCACGAUGGGAAAUUAUAAGAAAUGUGCUGGAGGAGAAGAGUGGAGGGCGAGAAGAAAAAUGCAACCCCCCCCCUGGGAACCGGGGCGAUUCGUGGAGCCUGGUGAAGAGAGACGGAGACUUUGACAGCUGUCAAAGUGGCUGUCAAAGCUGGAGAAUAUAAAGAGGACUUUGUUAUGAGGACCUUGCUGGUUAAUUUUGUUAUAAUUUGCUAUAAUAUGGAUACAAACUGUUGGAAAAUAAGCAACAAUUUGACUUUUGGAUUAGAGGAUACAAAGUUAUUACAAUCCCCCUAGAGGGGUUUCGGGAUAUUACAAGAACGGUCGUAAGUGGAAAAAUACCCUGGGAUUCGCACAGGAUUUGUUAUCUUCUGGGAAAGCUGCAAAACUGAAAGAGUAUUUUGUCUACAGAGGAAGACAAUGGAAUUUUUUAUUGAAGAAAGAAAGGGACUGGACGUAAGUUUUUGUUCCUGAAUAACAAACCUCUGCAGAGACACUAGAUUUCUGAAUUAGAAAGUUUUAGCAGCUGAACAGGACAAGAAACCUGAGAAAGUGAGGAAUAAGAAGAAUAAAGGACUGAUUACGACACGGAAAGAACAACGGGAGGAGUGGUAAAGAUCAAGGAAAUUAAAGGCUUUUGUUAGAUUGGACAUUUGAAGUCAAAUAUUAUUUAAAUUAAUAAACUAAAAGAAAACCGGCAAGAUGGAACUGGGGAGAAAUCUGGUCAUGAAAUGAGACUUCCAAGCUGAUAAUGUAUAGACUGAUGGACAUGGGGAAUUCAAACCGGCGAAGGGGGGGGGGAGAGUUGAACGCCAAAGGCGGUGUAACCAUUUUUGAAUUUUUCUAUAUCUCUUAUUUUCUAUUUCUUUACAUAACUUACGCAUGUUAUUUUACUUUGAUCGGACGUGUUUAAAAAAAAAGGGAAUUUGUGGAAGGAACUGGGGUGGAUCUUGGGGAAAAUCUUUUUUCUUUUUCUGUUAAUGAUGUGGGACGGCGGUAAGAUUUGUACAAUUCAAUCUGGAUAGUGGGUUAAACAAUUUAAGCUUUAAAUUGGGAGUGAGAGCUUGUAGAACCAAAUUAAAGAAAGGGGAAUACAAUUGGGGGGGGGGGUGGGGGGCGUCCCAGAAAGUAGGGACUGAAAGUAAGAUUUUUAAAUAUUUUCUUUCUUUUGUCUUUUUUCUUUGUAUUUUUAUAUUUCUGGAAACUUUAAUAAAUAUGAUUUAAAAAAAAAAAAAUAUAGUUUUAACAUGCUUGAAGUUUACUUUCAGGUGGAACUGAUUGCUUUUUUGUGAAAGAGAUAUCAACCUGUUUCUGAAAUUCUUCAUUAUUGAUGAAUGCCUUUCUUUGUAUACAUAUUUUGCCUUCCAAGACAGUGUUGCAGCAAGUGUUUGAGGAUGGCUCCAAGUAUGGGAUAAAGAGUGAACUUUUCUCAGGAUUGCCAAAAAGAAAAAUUCUGAUUGAGUUUAGGUGAGUUCAUAGGCACAAUCAUGCACAUGUUUACUCAAUGCAGAUUACAGCUUCAGUUAUUUUGAAGCAUAUUUCUAAAAUACCUUGGGAGUCUGCAGUCUGGUUACACAAAUAUAUUUGGCUUAUGAAUCAACAUAGAUUCACUGGACUGAGUGGUUUUGUUUGCUUCUUUCGUUUCCAUGCACUAUGAUGCUUGACUCAGUGUUUUUAGUCAUCUUCUUGAUCCUUUCUCCAAAGUGACUGCUCUGGUUUGUGUCCCACUGUGGCCUGGGAAAUAUCUAGCUUGAUCUAUGUAGACUGGUAGUUUGGUGGUCUUACCGCAUCAAAGAUGACAGCGGAAAGUUUAAAUUCUAUUAAGGGAUUGUGUGCUUCCGUGCUUACAGGUUUUCAAACAUAUUAAAUACUCUCCUGUAGCAUGCCUGCUACAUCCUCCCUUCCUCUCAACUCAGCUAUGACACUAACAUUUUCCCAUUUAGUAAAAUAUAUGAAUGAAUACGCGCAUGAAGAGUAUAUGAAUGAGCUAUGGAUUAGCAUAUAAAUCUCUGAAGGUAAUGGGUUAUAGCCAUUGCAGUGCUAUCAGUUUUCUACUUGCACAGUGAGAAUUCUUCCUCUCCUCCCUUUGUGUGUCUCUAAAAUAUGCUCUUGCGGGUCCCCCAACUCUCUGGAGCACAUUUUGAGGCUGUGUGGUGAGCAGCAGGGUGGCAGGAGAGGAAGGGGAAGUUCUGUCGUGCGCAUAGAAGUCUUGUUGUACAAAGGGAACUGCUAAAGUACAUUUAGUUCUCGAGUAACAAAAAAGCUGCCAGUGCAUUUUGGAAUGGGGUUUUCUCCCAGGAUCCUACUCCGUGGCUUUGCUUUUAAUUUAAUAGGUUAUUUUUGGGGAUUACCAUGCCAGUUGUAUUUUCAUUUUCAUUUUUCAUUGUGUGGGGUAAACAUAGAAACCGUUUUGUUUGGGAGAUGGUGCUGUGAGGACUCAGCAUGUGUGUCUGCACGUAUGCCUUUUACGGACAAGGGGGAAAAGAAGCUUCAAAUGGUAACUGUUGUUGUUUCUUGCAGUUCACCCAACAUUGCAAAGAAGUUUCAUGUGGGUCAUUUGCGCUCUACAAUAAUAGGUAAGAUAGUUGAUGCUCUGUGUUCUAUGCUCAUAUGACCGGCCUGCUUGCCGUGGGUGUUUCCACCCCCCCCCCCCAACUUGUGGUGUCACAGUAUGGAUGGUUUGCCUUUGGCACCAUAAUAGGCUCCCAACUGCUCUGGCUUAUAUGACUUGGGUGUUAAUUUUGUUUAAACCUAUCUUCGGGGUGGGUGGGUGUGUAUAAUUGUAAGCACUUCUUAGCUCUUGUAAUGGUCUGCUUAUGAAUUGCCUUGAGACAAGUAAUAGGCAAUCAAUUAAUUAAUAAUCCUGAUGUUGCACUAUGUGGUUCUCUCCCUUUGUAAUGUAGGCGUUCAUAAGGAAUUUGAGUCUCUGCAAUAGCAAAAUCAAAGGUCAGCCGUAGGAAAAGUCAGUCAAGGCAAAAUUGAGACAGGCACUUAACGAAACAAGUUAAGACAUUUAUCCUAAAAAACUUGUGACAUAGAUCAGAGAGAAUUUCUGUAUCAUCAUGUGGGGAAUAAGCUGAGUUAGAAUAACUUUUCCCAGCUUUGGGUUCCCGUACGCAGCACAGAAGGGAGGGGACAAAUUCACAGAGGAUGCAGUAACAGGUGGGUCACAACUUUGAGAUACGGAUACAUGACCUCCUUUUGAGUGCAGCUCGGGAAGAAUUGCAACUCCGGAUGGAGUCCAGAGAGAUCACACUGAGAUUGCAUGUUUAAUGAGAAACAGUUGCUGCACAAGGAUGGCAUGCUUGAGAUUCUCUUUCAACUGUUAUGCUCAUUGCCUUCCAAGUUGCAUUGCCUCCUUGUGCCUUUUUUACCUAUUUGUAACAUGGGAGUAAUAACAUUUACACAGAUUAGAGGCGUCAACUUACUGUGUUUCUGGGAUAAAUGGAACAAAAUGCAAACAAGGAGGCUCUUUAACAUUGAAUUAAAUGUGUAGAAUAAAUAGUGUUUCUGGGAAAGCACAUUCAGACUACAGUGGUACCUCGGGUUAAGUACUUAAUUCGUUCCGGAGGUCUGUUCUUAACCUGAAACUGUUCUUAACCUGAAGCACCACUUUAGCUAAUGGGGCCUCCUGCUGCUGCUGCGCUGCCAGAGCACGAUUUCUGUUCUCAUCCUGAAGCAAAGUUCUUAACCUGAAGCACUAUUUCUGGGUUAGCGGAGUCUGUAACCUGAAGCGUCUGCAACCUGAAGCGUAUGUAACCCAAGGUACCACUGUAUUUAGAGAUCCAGCAGGAAACUGUCCUUAUAGAGUCAUUAUUUUUGUUGGCUGUCACGGAGAAAAGCAGAGUGUGGGUUACAUAUAAUUGAGUGUUUGGGGAUAAAGUGUGCUGCUGGGAUCAAUAAUUGUCACGUUCUGUUUUCAGGAAAUUUCAUAGCAAAUAUCAAAGAAGCAACGGGACAUCAUGUUACAAGAGUAAAUUACCUUGGAGAUUGGGGCAUGCAGUUUGGUAAGUAAUUCCCCCCCCCCUUUUCUCAUUCAGGAUAUGUAUAGUGCAGGGGUGGGGAACACUUUUCAGUCCAUGUGUUGCAUUCCCUUGUGGGAAACGUUUGUGGGAGUGGGCAGGCGCAUGCCAGUCUUGGUGGGAGCCAGAGGCAAAAGUCAGUGGAGCCAUGAGCGUGGCACUUCACUUCACACAAUAGACUGUAUUCCAGCCAUGCAAAAAUUCAGGGGAUUUUACAUUCACAAACCUCCAACCUCUAGUCAGGCAGGAAAAAGGCACUGGAACAGUCCAGGGACAUGUUCCAUCUUGGCAAACGCAAAACAAAACAAAAAAAAACCUGAAAGGAGGUUUUAGAGCAGGAACAGUGAGGGAUGUGGCAUUGGGAGAGAGCUCUAGGAGCCUGAAGGAGAGUCCUGGAAGGUUAUACAUCCGUACCUUGGGUUUUGAACAGCUUAAUUCUUGAACAUUUUGGCUCCCGAACGCCGCAAACCCAGAAGUGAGUGUUCUGGUUUGCGAACUAUUUUUGGAAGCCAAAUGUCCGGUGGGGCUUCCACUUGGCUGCAGCCAAUCAGAAGCCGCGCUUUGGUUUCCAAACACUUUGGAGAGCCAGUGUGGUGUAGUGGUUAAGAGCGGUAGACUUGUAAUCUGGGGAACUGGGUUCGUUUCUCCACUCCUCCACAUGCAGCUGCUGGGUGACCUUGGGCCAGUCACACUUCUUUGAAGUCUCUCAGCCCCACUCACCUCACAGAGUGUUUGUUGUGGGGGAGGAAGGGAAAGGAGAAUGUUAGCCGCUUUGAGACUCCUUCGGGUAGUGAUAAAGCGGGAUAUCAAAUCCAAACUCUUCUUCUUCUUCUUCUUCUUCUUGGAAGUCGAAUGAACUUCCGGAAGAGAUUGCGUUCGACUUCCAAGGUACGACUGUAUUCGAACUCUAAUCCUGAGGAUCUCUGCUAUAGUACAGAGGUAGCUGGUGAGGAGGAGCGCUGUGACCUGGCCUCCCACCAGCAGUGUGACAUAGGGACUUAUUGUGAGGUGCAACACAGGUGUUGGCUACCACUAUGCUCUUGGCUAUUCUACCCUUGAUAUUUGCUUAACAGGUUGGUAAGAUUCUAUUGCAGAAAAGUAGUCAAAAAAUACUGUGUCAUUAAUUUGCAGUUCAUGCAGUUAUUUUGUUAACAAAUACUGUAUUGGCUACAAUAACACAGGUUUGUUGGGAGCUGGCUUCCAGCAGUUUGGCUCUGAAGAAAAACUAAAAUCUAAUCCUUUGCAGCAUCUUUUUGAGGUACGUUAAUCCACAGUUAAAUAGUCUGAAAGAGCUUGAAUCUGAAAGAGUGAGGUUAAUCAGAGUGCAUGCUCCAAAAUGAAGAUGAAAUGUGGUUUUUAAAUUGUGCAUGUGUGUGUUUGCUUGUUGUACACUGCUUAUUUUUAAGCGAAAUUGCAGUAUAUAAGUUUUUUUUUAUAAAAAAGUAAUUGAGCUUUAAAAUACUGUUUAUUUUCACAUUACAUUUGUUUAAUUUUAUACCACCAUUCCUCUGGAGGCAUAUAUAACUAGGGUUUCUGGAAAGAUGGAAUGACUAUUAACAAAUCUCUAGUACAAACAUGCCCUCUUUUAACUGAGCACCUGUGUGGAAUGAAUGCUAUAAGCAUCUGAUAGCUUUUUAAUUGUGGUACUGUUUAUUUGACAGUGUUUUAGAUAACCUUGUUGGACAAUUCAGACUCUGUUUUAUCUUGAAGCUUCCUUUAUACUGACUUGAACCAUUCAUUCCUUUAGCAUGGCAAUUCUCCAAGGUCUCAUGCCAGAUAUAUUUCCCUGCUUCCUGAGAUCAUUGGCACCGAGUCAUGAUCACCAGGGAUUGAACUUGGGACCAUCUCAGUACAAAGCUGUGCUUCACCACUGCCUUAGGUCCCUUUCCUAGUUGGAGAGAGUUCUCCGAGUUAAUACUGACCCAUAUUUUUCACGCAUUUCCUUUAGGUUUAUGUACAGGCCAAUAAAGCAUCAGAAGAGGAGGAAAACAUUAAAAAACUGGCGCAAGAUUUCUUUAGAAAAUUGGAGGCACGUGAAGAACAAGCCGUGUCAUUGUGGCAACAUUUUAGAGACAUUAGCAUUGACGACUAUGCCCGGAUGUACAAGGUGCUAACUCGGGUCCAUAUUUUCAGUAUUUAUAUAUCACUAACAGCCUCACAUCUGGCAUUGCUUGGGAAUUCUAAGAAGCACACAAAAUCAGUAUGGUUCAGUUCACCACCUUGAUUCAGAAUGACACACAUACAGAAAUGAAGGUCGUCUUUGUCUCAUGGUAACACUGUUUUCCUUUCGUCCUGGUGGGGCCAUUCAGCGCCUGGGAGUGUGCUUUGAUGAAUAUUCUGGAGAAUCGUUCUACCAGGAGAAAAGCCAAGAAGUCUUAAAGAUGCUGGACGCGAAAGGACUUCUUAAGAAAACUCAGUACGAACAGGUUCUUCUGUUUACAGCUUUUGAACCAUCUGCCAUCCUCACCUCUCCUGCUUAUCUGAACUUUGGGUUUUGGGGGAAGAACAACUAAUGUAAAUUUUACCUUUGUACAGUAGGCUAAUUUCUACACCCAUUCACACACCCCUCUGUGUCCUCCAUCCAGACAAGCAAAAGGUGUUAUCAUGGUUGAAGUGCACAUUCUAGCCAGGCACAAGCAGUUAGCAAAACAGGGCCAGAGAGGGAUGUGGCCUGGGGAGAGUUUUGAGGGCCAGAUGGAGAGGUGUAGAGGGCUGCAUUUGGCCCCUGGCCUCAGUUUCCCUACCCAUGCUUUGUGCGGGGAAGGGCCAUGUAUUGAAGUGAUACUGAUAUUCAUAACAAAGUGAAAAGUUUGCUCUAGGUUGUUUGGGUUGGCAGGCUGCAGGCAGGUGAGAAUGGGAAGGGUGAAGGUAAUGUAAACGUGAUGGAUUCAUUAUUAUUUUUAUUUACUUUAUCCGUCACUUAUCAAAAAUGCAGCUUCUAAAAACAAUUUAAAACCAGAGAUGAUUUUUUUUAAAAAAACCAACAAUACAAAAGGCAUAAAAUGCUCAUCUAACAAUGAAUUAAUGAGAACAAAGUCCUAAAGAUCAGCACCACCAUAGAGGGCAGUAUUAAUUAAUUGAAGUCCUGAGUAAACAGAAAAAUCUCAUCCUGGUGCCUAAAAACUGACAGAGUGCGCCAAGCAUAUCUCCCUGGGAAUAGCAUUCCAUAGAAAAGGCCCAUUCUCAUUUGACCACCCUCCAUACUUCUCUUGUGUGGGGUGUACAGGAUCUGGCCUGGUUCGUAGAGAGAGAAGCAUAGACAUUUGCCAUAUAGGUGAUCAGUGAGGUGUGAGAGUGAGCUGGAGGGUACAGUAAAGUUGCUGAGGAAAGGGAGUAAUCACCUUUUUGUGAAAAGUCCCUCUUGCCCUAAUCAUCCUUGUUUGAAAACAACCUUAAUUCUGGAUAGUGAGGGGAGAAUUACUGAGAAAUAAGUGUGAUUGUAGAAUUGUGAUCACAAGCUGCAGUCCUAACCCAUGCACCUAGGAGUAAGCCUUGUUGAAUUAAAGAGGACUUAUUUUUGAGUACACUAUGGUUAGAAGUGUGCUGUGAGAUUAUGACUAUUCAUCUGUGUAUCGCAUAUGGUUGCUUCAUUGUUUUCUGUUUCUCCAUUUUUCUAGAGAAGGAACAGGAGUAGUUUACCUAUCGGAAAAGGAGGACCGUUCUGCUGUGAUGCGGAGUGAUGGAACCUCGCUCUACCUAACGAGGCAAGUGUUAUUCUUUUUGCCUGAUUGUUUAGCAGUAACUUUAAUACAAUAAAAACAAAAACAUAAAAUAAUUUGGCAAAAAACCACACCCAGAACUGUCACCCACACUAAAAACUCUGUGAAAUAAAAAAAUUAAGGAGUUCUAUAGCCUAGGUGCUGCCAUAGAAAUGGCCCAGCAUUCUGAUGCUAUUACAGAGCAAUCCUAUACGUAUCCACUCCAAAGUAAGACCUGUUGAGUUAAAUGGGACUCCAGCCUACCUGGUGAGAUGCUUCUCAGUAUAGAGUUGCAGCCAGCCUUAUCCUCUGUUAGACGGACAUGACAAAAUAUUGACCAGUGGCAAAUCAUAAUCGCAAAAGGAUUAACAAUGAGUAAGUUAAAGUUUGUUUAAUUUUGGAAAGUUUCGUUUGGUCUUAUAGUCAUACCUUGGUUUUCAAACAGCUUAGUUCUCGAACAUUGUGGCUCCCAAAUGCCGCAAACCCAGAAGUGAGUGUUCCCGUUUGCGAACUAUUUUUGGAAGCUGAACAUCUGACGGGGCUUCUGCGGCUUCCAGAAGCCAAUCAGAAGCCGCCCUUUGGUUUCCGAAAGUUUUGGAAGUCAAAUGGACUUCCGGAAUGGAUUCCGUUUGAUUACCGAGGUACGACUGUAUUUGUGUUUCUUUUCCAGAGAUCUUGCUGCUGCUAUAGACAGAGUGGAAAAAUGGAAUCCUGACACUAUGAUAUAUGUGGUAAGUCUGGCUGUCCUGCAGACUGAUGGGUGUACAGCAGGGCUGGCUAGCUCCCCAGCCCGUCAAACACAUAAUUCUGAUUCGGCCCUCAAACCCCACUGACUUUGGCAGCAGCAAAAGGAAAGAUAAAAUGAAAGUAGAUAUAGUGCUGGGGUGAGAUUGGCUUGCGGGGCAGGGAUGGAAGCUUCUGCUGGAUCAGAGCUUUCCAUCAAUGGAGGGACGCCAUUGGCUAUAGCCCAGAAUCUCUGGCACAACCUGUGGCCUGAACAACUAAAAAGGUGACAAGCUUUCAAAGUUGUGAGGGUGGAGUUUUUCUGACACUUUUUUGGAGAUGGGUGGUGGUCUCAAGACUGGAUCUUUCCGUCGAGUUUGAUCUUGCAUACCUGACUGUUUUCCCAAAGGUUAUGUUAGAAGAUCAUGUUCUCAGAUACACAAGUUUCAUCCUCACUUCAUCUCCAUUAUUUGUCCCACUGUGGAUAUGAACAUUUCCACUUGUGUGUCUGUUUGAAUGUACAUUUAAUGAUUCCUUCUUUUUCCCCCUUCUCCAAGACAGAUAAAAGCCAGAUCCCUCAUUUUCAACAGGUCUUCCAGAUACUAAAAUUAAUGGGUUACCAAUGGGCAGAAAGGUAAAUGUGUACUUUCCUAUCUAUAUCUAUAGCAGGGUUGCCAUACGUCCUAUAUGCAACCCCCUUAAGCAGCGUCCAGGGAGAAAUUGCUGAAAUGCCCAGGGAAAUCUGGACAUAUGGUAGUCCAUGUCGCUAAUAAAAGCUCAACAACUUUUCUAUCCAGAUUUUCGAUUUUUGAAAUACAUGGCAACCCUUAUACUGUAUAUCUAUGCUUUCAUGGCAUACUAAGGCUUUGAAGGUGCCCUAUUGGAGGAAUUCAGUGUUGAGUUCUUCUGAUUGUUCAGUCAGUGCAAGCAAUUUAUGUUUGCCAGAAAGAAUGAUCUCCCUUCUCCUCCGCCUCAUGUUUGUACAUGUGCCCGGAUAUUAAGAACUACAAAGUAAUUUCUUUCUGGGCACAGUUGUGAAUCCCCAAAUGCGCUGACAUUAUUUCUGUUCAGAAGGAAUAACAUUUUUACCUUGGAAAAUGGCACUUUCCCCCCCUUUAAGGUGAUAAAAUAAAACAACUGAAGUUUCUGGUCCCCUGUCCUCCUGCAGGUGCCAGCAUGUGCCCUUUGGAAGAGUUCAAGGAAUGAGGACUCGGAGAGGAGAAGUGGUUUUCCUUGACGAUGUUUUGGAUGAAGCUCGCUCCAUGGUGAUAGAACAAAGUGCUUCUGCAAAAAGUUAGCCACCAGUCUCUCUUAUUAACGUAAUGCUUGUGCAAAUGGAAAUGCCUGCCUGGCCUUAGCAUUUUUGUUGUGUCCUCCAAGUCCAACAAAUGGUGCUUACCAUUAGCUACAAUUAGUUUCAAACAAGACAACUUCAAACCUUGGUUUCUAAGCUGACUUGUUAAAAUUCCCUAUAGGCAUUGACCAAUGUGCCAGUUCAGAUGGCACAGUGACCUGCGGUUAACCAAAAACAGAUGUGAAAACUUGUGAACUCCUUCUGCUACUUAAGCAGCAGGAGCAUAAGGGAGUUUGCAAGGAAUCUGCAAGCCCAGGAGAACGCUCAUAUAUGCUUCGCCAAUCCACAGUUUAGUGUGACAUUGAAAUGCAGCCAUUGGCACUCUCCCCACCUCACCUUUUGUUAUCUACUUAGCAACCAAAGAACUGGACAACCCUCUUGAGACAGCUGAGAGGAUUGGGCUCGCAGCGUUUAUCAUUCAGGUCUGUUGAUGCUGUCAUCCUUUCAUGAGAAAAUGUAAAGUGAUGCUGUCAGGGUUUACAAGAUGCUUGAAUAACUUACCAUUUCAGGACUUCAGGGGCCUCCUAGUAUCUGAUUAUCAGUUCAACUGGGAUCGUAUUCUCCAGAGCCGAGGUGAUACUGGUGUCUUCCUGCAGUACACACACGCCAGACUGCACAGGUAAGAGGUGCAGUUGAAAAUGGCCAGAGUCUGGGUCAGGGUCUGUUGUUCCAAGAAAACCUCAGGGGGCCAACCCAAAGCCUUGACCACAACUAAAACAACUCUUUAGAUCCCAGCCACUGUUUCUUAAUCUUGGGAUUUAGGAUUCCCAAUUUCCUCAAGUGCUUUUUGUUCGGUUUUAGCAAAACUGUUCCAUUGAAUGCAAUGAAAAUAUUCAUGAAAAGGCAAUGUGGCUCUUUUCCAUUCAGUAAAAUUGUGUAGACGUUUUAGAUGUUUAAUAUUUCUGUUGUCUUUUUCUCCACCCAGUUUAGAAGAGAUGUGUGGAGCAGUCAAUCAGGCGUCUCGCAUAAACGCUGCAUGCCUACAAGAUCCACAGGCUAUUUCGCUAAUUCAGCACCUUCUCAGGUAUUCAGAAUAUAGGUUGCAAACUUCUGCUUGCUUGUUCACUUAGUUGCUUGCUUAAUUGAGAGCUGAAGUCCCAUUAGAGACAAUGGCUCCAUUGUUUUAUUAAACCAAAGCUUAUUGUUAUGUGUGAACCCUGCCCAGCAUCUUAACUAUGAUUUCUUUACUGCCAUAAUCGGAAGUAAUUAUUGUUGGCAUAUAAACUUUAGUUUAAUUAAGGCCUUCUGUUUUGUGUAAACCCAACAGCUGGAAAACAAAACAUACUUUUUUCUGUGAGAAACAAGACAUGGUUUCCUUGAUGACUUAUGAUUAACUUGUGAUUUGCCAUGACUGCAAACUAAGUUUUGGAGAUAUUUUUAAAUUUUAUAUAACCUCAGGCAUUUUUGACUGGAGAGGCAAUUCAUAAAUAACAUCAAAAAGAGGCAAAUUGGCCUCAGAGAGACACCGCUCUCCAACUCAGGGGGAUAUAGCUUGGUGGCCAGUAUAGGAAGGUGAUAGAAGGACCUAUACUAUACUAUACUAUACUAUACUAUACUAUACUAUACUAUACUAUACUAUACUAUACUAUACUAGACAGUGGUACCUUGGGUUAAGUACUUAAUUCAUUCCGGAGGUCAGUUCUUAACCUGAAACUGUUCUUAACCUGAAGCACCACUGUAGCUAAUGGGGCCUCCUGGUGCCACCGGAGCCCGAUUUCUGUCCUUAUCCUGAAGCAAAGUUCUUAACCUGAAGCACUAUUUCUGGGUUAGUGGAGUGUGUAACCUGAAGCAUAUGUAAUCUGAAGCGUAUGUAACCCAAGGUACUAAAACUAUACUAUACUAUACUAUACUAUACUAUACUAUACUAUACUAUACUAUCCUUACUAUACUGCUCAGACUGUGCAUCAUGUCUAUUAGAUUGUGAGACUCCAGGCACAGGCUACCUCAUCCUUUAAUAUACCUACAUUGCUUAGAAAAUCACAUGUGUUCCAUUAGUGUUAAAUGAGAAUAAGUAUGGGAAUAUAGAUGUGACCUGGGUGUACCCUAGCUAUGAUCAGAUUCUGAAGUAUGUGUCAGCUAUUCAAUUUAUUUCUCUUCAGGUAUGAUGAGAUUCUUUACAAGUCUUCUCAAGAUCUCCAGCCCAAGCAUAUUGUUGCCUAUCUCCUUAAACUAAGGUAGGUGAGUGGGUGAGAGAAACGUCUUACCCUUUGACAAGAAUUCAGCCUACUUAAAAAAAUUAAAAAAUCAAGCUUGAUAAGGAGUAGUUUGAUAUAAUUAGAUUCACAGACCCUCAUUCUAAACUUGAGGAAGUUUAGGCUUUAUUUAGAGCCAAAUCUAUACCUAGAACCUAAACUUGUGGUUCACUGAAGAAUGAACUUCUUUAGAUUGAACAUUUGAGCAUUGUUUCACAUGUUAAUACUGCAUUUCCAUUAAUAAUAAUAAUAAGCCUCAGAAGAGAAUGCAUUCUGUGAAUCAGGCUUGAAAACUUUGAAAUGUGCCUUCUGUCAAGUGUUAUUUCAUUUCCCACCCUUAAUGAGCCACCCCUUUCUUUCUGGCACACUGUCCAGGAAACCCUGUGCAAAUUCAUAGAACUUGAAUCUGCCUCAACUAGAAAAACCAGUUACUUUUAAUGGUCUGUUAAGUCCAUCAUCUGAGUCUGAUAAAGACAUUUUGCCCCAAGGCACCUCAUGAGCUGAUUUCAGUCCAGUGACUGAGGCCAACAGUGCAUAGUGUCAAUAGAACUGAAAUGUACAUGACAUUUAAAGCUUAUUUGCUUUUAUGGGGGUGAGGGGAAGACUCUGCAGAAGCAUCUUCAAUAUAUUGCACAAGUAUUAGCAGGCUCUUCAUGUACAACUUCUGUAGGAGGGCUAGAGCUAUGCAUUAGUCACUGUUUCGUGCCAUUGUAUCAGUAAUAACUUUAACUGUGGGAUCUGCAAACAAAUGUGUGGUGGUGUCCUUCCAUUUCCCAGAAUGCACGGUCUGGUUUUCCUAUUCACUCCUGCAAAAGUAUCUUAUGGCAUGUUCAGUCAAUGGUGGCUGUGUUGAGGUGCUCCCACCCCGGUUUUGUGCCCCCUAAAGUUGUGGGUUUGUUUUUGUUUUUACUUCAGCAAAGGUUUCCCUCCUAUAAAAACAAGGGCAAAGAUUUUUCCAAGCCUGCUGAUUAUUCCUUGUGGAUUCAGAGAUCCACAAGUAUAAUUUUAAAAAUUUUUAAAAAAGGUAUUUGUGGUAUUAUUUGAGUGCAUUCCUGUGCAAGUGUGGCAAGGCAAUAGUUCUUCCAGUGAAGGAUUGCAGUGCCUUGGGGAUGGCGUUAAAUCAGGGCUGAGGAACCUGUGGCCUUCCAGAUGUUUCUGGACUCCCAACAUCUCUGGCCAUUAGCCACGCUGCCUGGAACUUAUGUGAGUUUAGGAGUCAGGCAACCUCUGGGAAGCCACAGGUUCUUCCUUCUCCCUCCGUAUUACAGUAUGAGAAACAUAGUGAGUAAAUUAUCAAAUUCCAGUGGGCUAUAAAAAGGUAUUGAGGAAAACCUUGUCAAACAGAAGAAACUCUUCCGGUUUGGGAGGAGUCGCUUCUCACGUAAUGCUCAUCUUAAUAGAUCAGAAAAUGACUGUUCUAUUGGCAGAAGGAUCCAAACUGUGGUGGUUUCUCUGUUGGUAACCCUUGUGUUAUAGAACUCAAGCUGCUCUUAAGUAAAUUUCAUUGGUAACAAAGCUCAAUGGCAAGGUAAAUAGGGGUGAUCGGAAGUAGCCUUUCACAUCAUCAAGUUGGAUCACACACUUGAUAAGGCCUAUUGUGAUGGAGCAGGGAGUGCCCAACCUUCCGAGCAACUCUGUUGCUUUCAUUUUCCCAUUCAUUAAUUAAACGCUCAUCCUUUCCCCCACCCACAACCCCUUUUAUUUUCAGAGAAACAGAAACCAACCUGACUGGGGAAAUGCCCAGAGCUCGAAUAGACAGGUCUAGCUUUUAAAACAGAGUUGAUUAUUUUCACAGUGGACUCCAACCACUGUGAUUUGAGGGAGGGAUGUUGAACUAAAUACCUGGGUCGUGUUUUUUCUGAGUUUGGGCUACGAGAGCACCAUGCAAGUGCUAGAGUUAGGCAAAUUGGGGUGGGUUGCAAAAGUCAGAUCACCUGGCAGAAUAGCCCCUGGAUCUGUUUGUUUGAACUCUGACAAGUUUCUUACCCAGGGGCACCUUCCUCAUGUACCCAGUUUUCAAACUAAUUGCUUCCUCCGCAAAAAGAAAGAAAGAAGGGAUUGUGAUGUUUAUUUUUCCACUCCAAAAUGGUUACUUCCACCUUUACAGGAGAACUGCUUUAUCUCUCUUUUGGAAAUUUGGCAGGCUUCAUCCCUCUCAAGUAGGAACAAAUAGGUUUGAAAUUUGCAUCCAAUUCUGGCAGAGAAUGAAAACGUUUCAAACUUUUUAAAAAAAAGUAACAUCAAAGGUUCCCUGCAGGGAAAUCCAUUAAUUUCCAUGAUGCCUGAUCCAUUUGGUAGGUUUCAUCCAUUCUGAGGGGUCAUUUGCUUGCAAAUAUCAUUCAGUUAUAUGUGAGGAGUAAAUAAAGUUAUAGCAGUUUAUAGAUUUCCCCAUUAUAGUGAAUGGGGAGAUGGAUAAAAUAGAGUUUCAUACCCAACGGAUCAGAUUUGGGCCCCCAAAAUGGAAUUGAAUUAGAACAACACACAGCUGAUCCAAAACAGAUUGGGUUGCUUAAAAAAACUAGAUACAAUGCAAUUCUUGGGUUCACUGCACAUCCCUAACAAAUGCGACUGAAUUUAGAUGCGUACUGAGGGUUGCAGCUUUUAAAAAGUUUGUUUCAUAUCACUGUUUCUGUUUCAGUCACUUAGCAGCUGUGGCUCACAAAAUGCUACCUGUGAAAGGCAGUGUUCCGGAACUAGCAGAGGUAAAAUAAAAUAGAUACUAUUUGAAUAGAAUGUUUUACUCCUGAGAUGUGUAACAUGCAAAGAAGUCUGUUCUGGCAGUCUGUUGAAGGGUGGGGUAUAUAUCAAAUAGGUACAUACUUUUUUUGGUUUAGCUUAAAAUGUAUUCUUGCCCCAUACUAAUAAUUGUGGGGGUGAGGAGAUACAUUGCUUAAAUAAGCCAUUUCCUGCAAUUGCCAAGGGUCGCUUUAGGCCUUCUCCUUAGCGUGGAGAAUCUUUCCCAUUCUGGUUAGACUUCAGCUUUCUCAGGCUUUUUGUAGCCAGAGAGAAUAAAUCUACCCACUUCCCUCCUUAUAGUGCCACUCAAAAUACUACCAAUACUGUAGAUAUGUGAACUGUUCUAAACAGAGGCAGAGUGAAAAGCGGUUUGGUGUGGUUUUGUGUUUUCUUUUGAGAUAAUGAUAUAAAUGGGGUUAGUGAGUUAAUAAACUCUACCAAUCCUUGUUGGAAAACGUUAUUUUCUGCUUGUCUUUAUUUCCUAUUUUGGCAGCACACCAAAGUAGUGCACCAAAUCAAAAUGGCGUUAAGACAAAAAACGUGUGGCACUAAUGUUUGAGUUUACCCGAUUUUAAAAUAAGCUCCGGCUGCUUAAUCAACUAAAAAUACAGCUGCAGGCUUAACAGCGCAACCUUAUAUACCUACUCAGAAGCUUCAGUGAGCUCAGUAGGACUUACUCCCAAAUAAGGUUGCAGUCUAAAUAAAUCUGUUUAGGCCGCAGUACUACACACGACUGCUGGCAGUACGUCCCAUUGUACUCAAAAGACGUGAGUGGACACAUAAUAGGGUUUGCACUGUUACUCAGGGCAAAUUAAUGACAAACAGAUUUAACCUACCAGGUAGAUUUCUUGCAACUGUGCUGAAAAGAAACUGCUCCAAUGUAUGUGGUCAAUUCUUCCCUUCAUCUGUCUUCAACUUGACAGCACCCACCAGAGCCUUCUGUCCACCUUUAUUUGUGAAACAUAAAAGCACAUUGCCUUUGGUAUAUUUACUGAUGUAGGCGAGGCAGGAUGUAGGAUAUCCUUGUAUUUCAUCAAGAGGCAAUUGUCUGAAACAAGUAUUUUCACAUUUUUCUUCCUGGUGCCAUAGACCGUGUAUCAGUGGCUAGAUUAGCCUUCUGUACUGGCUGGGGUGCAUAGAAGCGAUAGUCCAAAACACCUGCAAGGCACCAGCUUGGGGAAGGCUGAGCUAGGUGUAUUAAGACCACUUCAUGUAUUGUAAUUUUAGAUUAAGACUUCAUCACUAUGCAUGAGCAUGUCUUCCAUGCAGCAUUUCCAUAGUCAGGGUGUGUGCAUGCAUAUGUACUUCACAUCAUACGGUUCGUAGUGUAUUUUCUGCCCUAAAAAUACAUUCACUGCAGAGAGGUAGGUAAUGUUCAGCUGAAAUAGCAUUCAACCUACUUCUCAUUAUGCAUGGGGAACAAGGAUACAAAUAUAGGCAUGUGUCUGUGAAACAGAUAAUAGCAGACUUUCUGCAUUACUAGGAUUAAAUUCUGGAAGAAACGGCUGUUGGUGCAAAGUGGGCAUCUUAACAUUUGUUGUUAUUCUUUAGUAGUUUGUAAUUCUGCUAUGGUUGAGCAUGCACAAAACAUUCAAGAUUUACUGAAUUAGUUCUGUUUAAGGGAGCAAUUGAUUAGUGUCCUCCUCUUCCCCACCUUUUAUUUUUCCAGGCAAGGCUCUGUUUGUUCCAGGCUGUUCGCUCCGUCCUGGCUAAUGGAAUGAAGCUUCUAGGAAUCACACCUGUCAAUAAAAUGUAA